UCAACCCCACACACACUCUGGAACAGGUUCAUGAUAAUGAGAAGCCUCAAGGCGCUGGGGUAGCAGGAGCCAUUUUUUCAUUCAUGCGGAGCGGUGCGGACGGAGUUGAGGGACUGGCGUGUUUUGAUGAGAAGCAUCGGCGUGGUUACUGCGGUUCCGUCUAAACGUUAAGUGGGAUUACCUGCGGAAGUGCGGCGCAAAGAAUGGAUACACUACAACAAAGGGAAACGCACAGGCGGAAAGUUUAGGGGACCGCGGUGAGAAAUUACUCUUAACUGGAUAAACACUACUGAGGAGCGAUGCACGUAAUCAAGUGGGAUUUGUUUUUUAUUUUGUGGUGGAUGGAACUGAUAUCGUUAUCGAACUGCUACACCGUUCACCUACGUGAGGAUGCGGAGAUAAGGACUCUACUUGCAAGCGUGCCGGAGAGCGGAGAGUGCACUUUGGAUCAGGUAAUCGCUCCAAAAUUCACCAAGGACUUCAUUGAGACGGACGCAGAGGCUGGCAUUGUGUUCGUCUCGGGCCAGAUCUCUUGCCCCUCGCUCGGCUCAAACCCAUUCACAGUGUACACUGUUGCAGAAUGCUCUGACCAUGAUUCCAAGGUUAGGCACCUCGUCACCUAUCAAUAUGAUGUGCAUGUCCAUGGUAAAAACUGUUCAAACAAACACAAAAUAAAGUCUGAGUGGGAUAUGGAGGUGUUCAGUUUGUUUAGGUAUGGCAGCCAGCAUAUACAGUGCCAUGAAGCGGGUUCUGCGUUGUUCCGUGUGUGGGAACUGCUCCCUACAUCCCCAACACGCCGCAGUGUUCACUGUAAGGUGACCACUAACCCUGACUUCUACUUUUCACGGGGAGAGUUGUUUGUUUUGAAGACGCUUUGCUGGAGACAUGACCUCCUCUUUGAACUAGACAUGGACUGUAACGUAGACCAUGAAAAUGUGCCUGGGGCUAAAGUUGACCAUAUCUCCAUUCACUGGCGUAUAGGCCAGGGCUCUUUCACACAGGCUCAUCUAGGCAGGUUAUUAGAACAGGCAGCCCAGUCAGACGCAGGCAUUGUGAGCAGAAAGAAGCGAAGUAUCAACAACAGCCCUCAGUUCAAACCCCCCAUGUACCAAGUGUCUGUGCCAGAGAACAAGCCAGCAGGGACGUCAGUGGUUGUUUUGAAGGCUGUGGAUGUAGACGAGGGAGAGGCAGGCAGACUUGAGUACUUUAUCGAAGCCUUAUUUGACAGCCGCUCCAACAACCUUUUCGCCGUCGACCCGGCCAACGGGGCAGUCUCCACCGUAGAGGUGCUGGACCGGGAGACCAAGGACACCCACGUCUUCCGGGUGACGGCUGUGGACCACGGCACCCCUCGGCGCACCGCCAUGGCCACCCUCAGCAUCACGGUCAGCGACACCAACGACCACAACCCCGUGUUCGAGCAGCAGGACUACAAGGAGAGCGUCCGGGAGAACCUGGAGAUCGGCUACGAGGUGCUGACCGUGCGAGCCACGGACGGGGACGCGCCCGUCAACGGCAACAUCCUGUACCGCGUCCUCAACAGCAACGGCUCCAACGAUGUCUUCGAGAUCGACCCCCGGUCCGGCGUGAUCCGCACCAAGGGCCCGGUCGACCGGGAGCUGGUGGACGCCUACCUGCUGCUGGUGGAGGCCAACGACCAGGGUCGGGACCCCGGGCCCCGCAGCGCCACGGCCACGGUCCACAUCAUCGUGGAGGAUGACAACGACAACGCGCCGCAGUUCAGCGAAAAGCGCUACGUGGUGCAGGUGCCUGAGGACCUGGUGACUAACACGGAGAUCCUGCAGGUCACGGCCACGGACCAGGACAAGGGGAGCAACGCCGUGGUCCACUUCAGCAUCAUGAGCGGGAACACCAGGGGCCAGUUCUACAUCGACGCCCAAACGGGCAAGAUGGACCUGGUGAGCCAGCUGGACUACGAGGCGAAUAAGGAGUACACCCUGAGGAUCCGGGCCCAGGACGGCGGCCGCCCGCCGCUCUCCAACAUCAGCGGUCUGGUGACCGUGCAAGUGCUGGACGUCAACGACAACGCACCCAUUUUCGUCAGCACCCCCUUCCAGGCCACCGUGCUGGAGAACGUGCCUCUGGGAUACUCCAUCAUCCACAUCCAGGCCGUGGACGCCGAUUCCGGGGAUAACUCCAGGCUGGCGUACCGCCUCACAGACACCACGCCCAACUUCCCUUUCUCCAUCAACAACAGCACGGGCUGGAUCGUGGUGGCGGCCGAGCUGGACCGCGAGAGCGUGGACUUCUACAACUUUGGCGUGGAGGCCCGCGACCACGGCCGGCCCGUCAUGUCGUCCUCGGCCAGCAUCAGCAUGACCAUCCUGGACGUCAACGACAACAACCCCGAGUUCAGCCACAAGACCUACUACAUGCGCCUGAACGAGGACGCGGCUGUGGGCACGAGCGUGGUGACGGUGUCCGCCGUGGACCAGGACAUCAACAGCGUGGUGACAUACCAGAUCUCCAGCGGCAACACCCGCAACCGCUUCUCCAUCACCAGCCAAAGCGGCGGAGGGCUGAUCACGCUAGCACUGCCCCUGGACUACAAGCUGGAGCGGCAGUACGUGCUGAUCGUCACGGCCAGCGACGGCAUGCUGUACGACACGGCCAAGGUGUUUGUGAACGUCACGGACGCCAACACCCACCGGCCCGUCUUCCAGAGCUCCCACUACACGGUGAACAUCAACGAGGACCGGCCCGCAGGCACCACGGUGGUGGUGAUCAGCGCCACGGACGAGGACACGGGCGAGAACUCGCGCAUCACCUACUUCAUGGAGGACAGCAUCCCGCAGUUUGACAUCGACUCGGACACGGGCGCCGUGACCACGCAGACUGAGCUGGACUACGAGGACCAGGUGUCCUACACGCUGGCCAUCACUGCGCGGGACAACGGCAUCCCACAGAAGUCGGACACCACCUACCUGGAGAUCCUGGUGAACGACGUCAACGACAACUCUCCGCGCUUCCUGCGGGACCACUACGUGGGCACCAUCAUGGAGGACGUUCCCGUCUUCACCAGCGUGGUGCAGGUGUCCGCCACCGACCGGGACUCGGGUCUUAACGGCCGCGUGUUCUACACCUUCCAGGGCGGGGAGGACGGCGACGGGGACUUCAUCAUCGAGUCCACGUCGGGCAUCGUGCGGACUCUGCGCCGGUUGGACAGGGAGAACGUGCCGGUGUAUAACCUGCAGGCCUUCGCCGUGGACAAAGGCGUCCCCGCUCUGAAGACGUCAGUAAACAUCCAGGUGACCACCCUGGACGUGAACGACAACCCCCCGGUGUUUGAGAAGGACGAGUUUGACAUCAUGGUGGAGGAGAACAGUCCCAUCGGAGUGGUGGUGGCCCACAUAUCGGCUUCGGAUCCGGACGAAGGAAGCAACGCGCAGAUCAUGUACCAGAUAGUGGAGGGAAACAUCCCGGAGGUGUUCCAGCUGGAUAUCUUCACCGGGGAGCUGACAGCCUUGAUCGACCUGGACUACGAGACCCGAUCGGAGUACAUCAUCGUGGUGCAGGCCACCUCGGCGCCUCUGGUCAGCCGGGCCACCGUGCACAUCAAGCUGGUGGACAAGAACGACAACGUGCCCGUGCUGAAGAACUUCCAGAUCAUCUUCAACAACUACGUCACCGACAAGUCCAGCAGCUUCCCCAGCGGCGUGAUCGGGCGCAUCCCCGCCCACGACCCGGACGUCUCGGACCAGCUCCACUACAGCUUUGAGGUGGGCAAUGAGCUGAACCUGGUCAUCCUGAACCAGAGCACGGGGGAGAUCCAGCUCAGCCCGGACCUGGACAACAACAGACCCCUGGAGGCCUCCAUGACCAUAUCGGUGACAGACGGCGUCCACACCGUGUCGGCCCGCUGCCUCCUCCAGGUCACCAUCAUCACGGACGAGAUGCUGUCCAACAGCAUCACCCUGCGGCUGGCCAACACCUCCCAGGAGCACUUCCUGUCCCUGCUGCUGGCCCAGUUCCUGGAGGGCGUCGCCCGCGUGCUCUCGGCGGCCCGCGAGGACGUGGUGGUCUUCAACAUCCAGGACGACACCGACGUCGCCGCGCGCAUCCUCAACGUCAGCCUCUCGGUGGCCGUGCCCGGCGGGGACGCCCAGCGCGGGGGCGGUAGCGGUAGCGGCGGCUCGGCGGCGGCGUCGGCGUCGGCGGUGUCCCGGACCCCCCCCGGCGGCGGCGGCGGCGCGGGCGGCGUGGAGUUCUUCGGCUCGGAGGAGCUGCAGGAGCGGCUGUACCUGAACCGCAGCCUGCUGGCGCGCAUCUCGGCGCAGGAGGUGCUGCCGUUCGACGACAACAUCUGCCUGCGCGAGCCCUGCGAGAACUACAUGAAGUGCGUGUCGGUGCUCAAGUUCGACAGCCUGGCGCCCUUCGUGGCGUCGGACACCAUCCUCUUCCGGCCCAUCCACCCCAUCGCCGGCCUGCGCUGCCGCUGCCCCGCCGGCUUCACCGGGGACUACUGCGAGACGGAGAUCGACCUGUGCUACUCCAAGCCCUGCGGCGCCCACGGCGUCUGCCGCGGCCGCGAGGGGGGAUACACCUGUGCCUGCUCGGACGACUACACAGGGGAGAGGUGUGAGCUGUCCUCCCGGCUGGGCCGCUGUGCCCCCGGUGUGUGUAAGAACGGGGGCUCGUGCGUCAACCUGCUGGUGGGGGGCUUCAAGUGCGAGUGCCCCCCCGGCGGCUACGAGAAGCCCUACUGCCAGAUGAGCACCCGCAACUUCCCACCGCAGUCCUUCCUCACCUUCAGAGGCCUCCGCCAGCGCUUCCACUUCACCCUGUCCCUCUCGUUCGCCACCAGAGAGCCUAAUGGAUUGCUGCUGUACAACGGCCGCUUCAACGAGAAGCAUGACUUCAUCGCCAUGGAAAUCAUCAAUGAGCAGAUCCAGCUGACCUUCUCUGCAGGGGAGACCAAGACUACAGUAUCACCGUAUGUCCUGGGAGGAGUCAGCGACGGCCAGUGGCAUUCGGUCCAAAUCCACUACUACAACAAGCCCGUCCUUAACCAGGCCGGCCUUCCCCAGGGACCCUCCGACCAAAAGGUUGUCGUGGUGACGGUGGACAACUGCGACACCUCCGUGGCCAUGAGAUUUGGUCACAUGAUCGGAAACUACACCUGUGCCGCCCAGGGCAGCCAAUCGGGUUCCAAGAAGUCUCUGGACCUCACGGGGCCCCUGUUGCUGGGGGGCGUUCCCAAGCUGCCCGAAGACUUCCCCGUCCAGAACCGGCAGUUCGUGGGCUGCAUCAAGGAUCUCCGCAUCGACGAGCGCCACGUCGACAUGGCGGGCUUCAUCGCCAACAACGGCACCUUACCCGGGUGCUCGGCCAAGCGUCACUUCUGCAACAACAGUCCCUGUCAGAACGGAGCCACCUGCGUCAACCUGUGGGGGUCUUUCAGCUGCCACUGCCCCCUGGGGUACGGAGGGCCCAAGUGCGAGAGAGUGAUGGCCAACCCGCAGCGUUUCCUAGGCAACAGCCUGUUGCAGUGGAGUCACCUGGCGGCGGCGGCGCUGGCGGUGCCGUCACACGUGGAGUUCAUGCUGCGCACGCGGCAGCCCAGCGCCACCCUGCUGCACCUCUCGGCCGGGCAGCAGCACAACCUCACCCUGCAGCUGCGUGGGGGCAGUGUGGUGAUGGGGCUGCACCACGGCGAGGACUCCGUCCUGUCCCGGGUGGAGGAGGUGCUGGUGAACGACGGAGCCUGGCACCACCUGCAGCUGGACUUCAGCAGCUCCCCCGGGACCCCCAGCCACCACCGGGCGGUGCUGUCCCUGGACCACGGCCUCUACCUGGCCAGCAUGGAGGUGGACGGGGGUCUGCGGGGGUCCAAGCUGAAGGCGGUGACCGUGGGCGGGCUGCUGCAGGCGGACGGGACGGUGCAGCACGGCUACCGCGGCUGCCUCCAGGGUCUGAGGGUAGGGGAGGGUCUGCGUCUGGCCCAGGCCAGGAAGCUGAAGGUGGAGCAGGGCUGCAGCGUGCCCGACCCCUGUGGCUCCAGCCCGUGCCCCGCCCACAGCUACUGCAGCGAUGACUGGGACAGCUACUCCUGCACCUGCAGCCCCGGUUACUAUGGCAGCGCCUGUACCGAAGCGUGUGCGCUGAACCCUUGUGAACACGAGUCGUCCUGCGCCCGGAAGCCCGGCUCGUCCCGGGGCUACUCCUGCGACUGCCCCAGUCAUUACUUCGGAGAGUACUGUGAGAAGAAGACCGACCUACCGUGUCCCCGUGGCUGGUGGGGCCACAAGACGUGCGGCCCCUGUAGCUGUCUGACGGACAAGGGCUUCGACUCGGACUGCAACAAAACCAGCGGGGAGUGCCGUUGCAAGGACAACCACUACCGGCCCGAGGGCAGUGAGUCGUGCCUGCUGUGCGACUGCUACCCCAUUGGCUCCUUCUCCCGGGCGUGCGACCGGGAGAACGGCCAGUGCCAGUGCAAGCCCGGCGUCAUCGGGCGCCAGUGUGACCGGUGUGACAACCCCUUCGCCGAGGUGUCGCCCAACGGCUGCGAGGUCAUCUAUGACAGCUGUCCUCAGGCCAUCCAGGCUGGGAUCUGGUGGCCCAGGACCAAGUUCGGCCUCCCCGCGGCUGUGUCCUGUCCCAAGGGAUCUCUGGGCACGGCCAUUCGCCACUGUGACGAGCACAAGGGAUGGCUGCCCCCCAACCUGUUCAACUGCACCUCCAUCAGCUUCUCCAAGCUCAAGGGACUGUCGGAGAGGCUGUCCCGCAACGCCUCGGCCCUGGACUCGGAGCAGGCCAAGCGCACGGCCGCCCAGCUGGCCAACGCCACGGCGCACACCACCAAGUACUACGGCAGCGACGUGCGCGUGGCCUACCUGCUGACCCAGGGCCUGCUGCAGCACGAGAGCCGCCAGCAGGGCUUCAACCUCACCGCCACCAAGGACGUGCACUUCACCGAGAACCUGGUGCGCGUGGGCAGCGCCAUCCUGGCCCCGGACACGCGCGCCCACUGGGAGCUGAUCCAGCACACGGAGCGCGGCACGGCGGCACUGCUGCGGCGCUUCGAGGACUACGCCAACACGCUGGCGCAGAACAUGAGGAAGACCUACCUCAGCCCCUUCACCAUCGUCACGCCGCACAUCGUCAUCUCCGUGGACCGCCUGAAGAAGAUGAACUUCGCCGGCGCCAAGCUGCCCCGCUACCAGUCGCUCCGCGGGCCGCGGCCCGACGACCAAGAGACGGCCGUCACGCUCCCGGACACGGUGUUCGAGCCCGCCGCGCCCCUGGAGACGCGCGGCCACCGGCAGCUGGAGGUCUUCCCCGAGUCCCCCUCGUCCAGGAACCACACCGCCGCCGCCACCACCGAGGCGGCGGCGGCGGCGGCGCCCACGGCGUCCAGGAAGAGGAGGCACCCGGCGGAGGGCCAGCAGGACGCGGUGGCCAGCAUCAUCAUCUUCCACAGCCUGGCGGCGCUGCUGCCCCAGAGCUACGACCCCGACAAGAGGAGCCUGCGGGUGCCCAAGCGGCCGGUCAUCAACACCCCGGUGGUGAGCAUCACGGUGCACGACAACGACGAGCUGCUGCAGCACGCGCUGGACAAGCCCAUCACGGUGCAGUUCCGCCUGGUCGCCACCGAGGAGCGCUCCAAGCCCAUCUGCGUCUUCUGGAACCACACCAUACUGGCUGGGAGCGGAGGCUGGUCGGCCAAGGGCUGCGAGGUGGUGUUCAGGAACAACACGCACAUCAGCUGUCAGUGCUACCACAUGACCAGCUUCGCCGUGCUCAUGGACAUCUCCAGGAGAGAGAACGGCGAGAUCCUCCCGCUGAAGCUGGUGACGUGGAGCACGGUGGGCGUGACCCUGGGCUUCCUCUUCCUCACCACCCUCUUCCUCCUCUGCCUGAGGGCCAUGCAGUGCAACCGCACCAGCAUCAUCAACAACGGAGCCGUCGCCCUCUUCCUCUCCGAGCUCAUCUUCAUCCUGGGCAUCAACCAGGCAGACAACCCGUUCACCUGCACGGGCAUCGCCAUCCUGCUGCACUUCUUCUACCUGUGCACCUUCUCCUGGCUCUUCCUGGAGGGCCUGCACGCCUACCGCAUGCUCAGCGAGCUGCGCGACAUCAACUACGGCCCCAUGCGCUUCUACUACCUGAUUGGCUGGGGAGUGCCCGCCUUCAUCACAGGCCUGGCAGUGGGACUGGACCCAGAAGGCUACGGUAACCCUGACUACUGCUGGCUCUCCGUGUACGACACCCUCAUCUGGAGCUUCGCCGGGCCCAUAGCCAUGGUGGUGGGGAUGAACGUCUUCCUCUACAUUCUGGCCUCCAGGGCCUCCUGCACCCUGAGAAGACACGGCUUCGACAAGAAGGAGCCCCCUGUCUCUGGUCUGAGGACAGCCGGCGGCGUACUCUUCCUGGUGACGGUCACGUGUCUGCUGGCGCUGCUUUCGGUCAACAGUGACAUGAUCAUCUUCCACUACCUGUUCGCCGGAUUCAACUGUCUGCUGGGUCCGUUCAUCUUCUUCUUCCGCAUCGUGUUCAACAAAGAGGCGAGGUCCGCCAUGAAAUUCUGCUGCAGUCGAAAGCGGCCCGAUCACAUGAUCAAAUCCAAGGCCUCUACGUACAAGUGCAGCGGGGGCUACAUGGACGGCCGGCUGUACCACCUCCCGUUCGGGGACUCCAGCGUGUCGCUCAACGGCACCAUGCAGAGCGGGAAGAGCCAGCAGAGCUACGUGCCCUUCGUCCUCCGGGACGACGGACUCAACAACAGCCAGGCGCACAUCGCUCUGAACGAACACGGCUUCCACGACACUAAGGAGCGUCAGGACGAUGGCGACAGUGAUUCAGACAGCGACCUUUCCAUCGAGGACGACCAGAGCGGCUCCUACGCCUCCACUCACUCCUCUGACAGCGAGGACGGGGAGGGGCCCUACCGCCCAGAGGAAUGCUGGGAAAACUUGGCCUCCAACGGCCCCAAGAGACCACACCUCCACGACAACGGUAAGACGCAGCCGCCGGGAGACGCCUCAGCGGGACGUCCCGGGGAGGGAGCUGGAGGGCCGGAGCUUCUGCUGGCGGAGGGGCCGGCCCACCCGGCAACCAUCGCCAGGGACAACCGAACGGCAUCGGACGAGAGGCCCGGGGACAGGGACGGCGGCGGCGGCGGCGCCUCCACCCCGCUCCACAACCACCACCCCCACCACCACGCCCAUCCACCCCAGAAAGGGAUUCUGAAGAAGAAGCAGCUGUCUCCCAUCGCAGAGCGGAACGGGCUCCACCGGAUCCACAACGAGCUGUCAGGGGCCGGCCAGGGCCCCGGGUCCCCUCGCCGGGCGGGGGGCUCCCCAUCCCCCUCCUCCUCCUCCUCCUCCAGCGAGGGCCGACCCGCGGCCCCCAAGCCCCCCCCCGCGGACCACCUCAACGGGGUCGCCAUGACCAUCAAGGCCGGGACGGUGGACGGAGACUCGUCGGGAUCAGAGUCCUAGAGUCGGACACACCGGCGUCACGGAAUCCAUCCAUCCAAUGGCAAUGAAGAAGAACUCGGAGGGAGAGAGAGAGAGAGGGAGAGAAGGGGAGAGAGAGGCAGCAUGGAGGGGUUGAGCACUGGACAUUCCUUAAUCCCAGAGGAUCUCUUCCCUUCUCGUGUGUGUGUGUGUGUGUGCGUGUGUGUCGAUUGUGUGUGUGUGUGUGUGUGUACGUGUGCCAAACCUCAGGAGUCACCUCAUUGGCCCAGGCUUAAAGCACACCGAUCGGUCCCGCCUUCCCUCGAAAAAGAUUAUGUUAUUUUUGUUCACAUACUUGAAAGCGAUGCACUUUUUAAUUUACACUGCCUGCCAAGAUGCUCUGGUGGUCAUUCGUUUUUUAUUAACUUUUUUAAAUGAUUGUGUAUGAGUUUGUUCCCACGUUUGUGUUUCGCUCGGCAGAUUACGGAGCAAAAUGAAGAAGUCAUCCUUUUUUCGGGCGGGGCCAUUCGGUUUGGUAGAAUUGUUCAUUAUUCAGGGAAUUAGACACACACACACACACACACACACACACACACACACACACACACAAAAGCACCACAAGUUUGCGUUAAAGGACGACCCGUAGUGUGUGUCGUCACCGCUCGCGGUUGCUAGGAGACCGCAUUGGCCCAUCUCCCGAUGGAGUUCAGGUCUCGGGUACCGAAGUCGUCGCAGGAUCUCUGAACGACGACAGAGUCUGUCCACAGACCCGACACCCCCUCUUUACCAGAAGAGAGGGGGACAUGGACCCCCCCCAGCCCCACUUUCUGGUGCCUGGUCAUCAACAGAUCGUCGUCCAGAGGCCCCUCUUCAUCAUCUUCGUCUUCAUCAUCUUCGUCUCCCUCACCCAUUGGAUUAGAUCAACGGUUGGCGUACUAAAGAAGCACGGAUGGACAGACUGACAGAGAGUCUACACUGUAACAUAUCCGAUAUAAGCUACUUGACACUGACGAAGGACGCGCUGUGUGGUAGCUCAGCUCCUCGGGGGUGGAGCAAGGAUGUGGCUGAGGCUGGGUUGUGGGCGGAGCCGACGACGGCGGCCGCUGCAUCACGCCGCCAUUCCCUCAAGCCAGGCGGGGAAGGACCUUUUCUUUGAAUCGCUGGCACCCCUUUGUUUCAUGGACGUGAGAAACGCUCUCGGUAUAGGACGCUGUCGCUCUCCUCGCCACGGGAGAGACGUUGUCGUAUGACCUCAAUGACUAAAACACUGUAUUUUAUAGACUAGCAAUGAGGCGUUUUUGUUUUUUUUAGGCAUUUGUUGUAAAAUAUCUAAAUACCUGCUACAAACUUGCUGUAAUAUUCCACCUGUAAUCCAAUGUGACUGUACAGAGUUGCCUGUAAAAAAAAGAAUUAGGGUUUCCACCCCGUGGUUUCACCAUAUCUAUAAAAGGAAUUGCUUACGUAACGCAGUCGGACUCGUAUACUAACUGGAACAAUUCAUUUCACUGUCGUUUUUUUAUAUUGUGAAGAAAAGGCUGUUCUGCUACUUUCUCUCUCUUCUGAACAUGUAUGACCUUUGUAGAUAUCAUUUUAACAGCCAUUCAAUCUCUAAGUACUCCUCUGAUGCAGGUGUCACUAGAUCAAUCACAAAUAACCUUUUCAAACCGUGUAUGUGAACCUGGUUCCCUACAGACUGUAAAUCUGAUCCUACAUCUGUUGUUGCACCUGUGCCAAGUACAGUGACAAUAUUGUCACUUUACAAUUGCUGUUUGGUGUCUUAAAUUAAUUGUACUUCAUUUCAAAGCUGUUAUAUUCCCAGGAAACACCACUGAUUUAACAGACGCGUGGGAAACAACGAAUGGAGAAGUGGGCCACAAAAUCAAAAAGGUUUUUCAUGUUGAUUUAAUAAACGACUUUCAAAUAAUGUUGGCAAUUUAGAAGGAAUAACUGGCACAUUAAACCUACUCCUUGUUUUAUUGUUUUUAUGUACUUGGUCUAUACAAACUGCCUAUCAUCAUAGCGCCCAAGCAAUCAACUGCUCCAAAACCAACAACUGUCGUAGGUGAUGUCAAAGCUUUAGUGAUACAGGGUAGUGUCUAUGAAAUGGCUGUUAUUUUUCUAUGUGGAAAUGCUUUGUAAAGGAUUUCACCGGAUUUCAAGUAAAACGGAGAGAA